GCUCAAGUACCAGACCAAGCGAAUGCCAAGGGAAAGAAGGCUUCUGAGCCUAAAGGAAAAGGUAAACCGCCAAGCGGCAAGGCAGGUGGAAAAGGUCAACAAAGUCACCAGAACGAACCCCCAUCGGUCAAAGGAGGAACGAAACUGGUCAAAAGAGGAGAAGAGAUUAAUGAGGACAAGUAUAUAGGCGAUGAACCGGAUAAUGGCAUUUCUAGAUACAUAUUACUUACUGGUUUUGAAGACACAGAGUUGAUGCAAUAUCUAUGUGCGGCAGAAAUCGGUGUUCACGCACUAAUACGUCUCAAGAUGCGGGACGGUCAACAUUUGGAGGAGCUCAUUGUGAGACAAAAAGCAGAAAAAUUAUGGGGUUCAAAAGCAGGCGGUCAAACGAUAGAGGAAUUGCACGCGGAACAAGAACGGAUAGAAGCUGAUCAACAGAAGAUGAACGAGUAUUGGUUAAAUAUUAAUCGUAUAAUGCGGGACAAUCCGUUCGGACUUCUGGGAAAUAUCGCCACACUGGACUACGUGGUGGAACCAAGUUUACUUCCAGAAGAUCUCACUGGAACGGAAAAUAGAUUACAAUUUGGCUCUCAAAUGUUUGAUGAGAUCGCAACAAUGCUUUACGAUCUGGUGGAUUUUCGACGUCAAUGGGAAAAUUAUACGAAUCAUGUGAAGGUAUUCCAUUUGGCCCAAUGUGCUCACAAUGUGGAGUUGAGUCCCACAGUGGCGUCCGAUCUGGAUCGCUCCCCAAGUCGAUCUCGUCCGUCUGUGAUGUCUUCCGAACCGGAAGAGGUGAACAAAUCCGUGACGAACGACCCUGGCACUUCGCUUCAGUCUGCAGAAAUUGCCGGGGGGACAAUUGAUAUGCGUAUCUAUCAGGAGACACUGGAUGGACUGCCGACGGAACAUACCAGCGUUGAACUUAUCUUUUAUGCCAUACUUGAACAGGUAAUCAAAUAG